AUGGCGGCAAUGUGGAGAGGUGUCCCCGAGUUACACGUGGCGAUCCACCGCGGACAGUUCCACGAUGCCCGCCAACUGGUAUCGGCGGGAGAUGACGUGAACUGCCGGGAUGCGAACCACCGCACGCCCUUGAUCCUGUGCGCGUUGGUGGAACAGGAGCAGUGGGGUGUGGGCAUCGCUCGCAUGCUCCUGGAGAUGGGGGCCUUAGCGGGCCUGGUUGACAAGCAGGGCCGUAAUGCGCUUAUCUACGCCUGCAUCUACCGGCGCUUGGAGCUGGUAGAGGUCCUUUUGAGUGCUGUGGACUUUGACUUGAACCACCGAGACCGGUUUGGCAACACCGCUCUCUUCUACGCCGCCUCGGGGGGCAACGCCGACGUCGUGGCCACUGUGGUCAAGAAAUUCAAACACUUUGGGGAGACGUUGGACAAGCCCAACAAAUUUGGCAUGACGCCCCUGCUUGAGGCGUGUCGCCUGGGACAUGAAAGGGUGGCGAGGACUCUUGUCGAAAACGGCGCAAAAGUAGAACGCAGGGACGGCGUACGGCACUGGAAUGCCGUCGAUUGGCAGCAGGAACACGACAGGCAUGUGGAAGCCACCAACAGGGCCAGAAACCGCUCUUACAACAAACCCUGGUUGAGCACGAAGAACACCAGCGUUGGCAAGUCUGAGCCGGGUCAGCUACGUCGAGCAACCAGCCUGCCAGGCAUCAGUGGGUCCGACUGCCACGGUCUCAGCGACGGAAGAUCGUCCUCGGAAAGCAUGGACCCCAUCGUCCCUGAGCGGGCUCAGAGCGUGCCGAGACACACUCUCAGCCGGGCCAAGACCAUGUCGGUCCUGCCGACUUUGAACUCGGCCAAGCUUGUCGGGGUGACCAGGAAUUGGAUCAGCGAUACAGGAGGGAAGGAGCUGAUCCGGGCCAAGUUUUACCCCUCUCCGGCACCUUUUGCUAACCCGCAGCUCACCACAGACGCAGAAAGGACGCACAACGCCUACGGUCAGUGGAGAAUGACCCAGAACCUGCAUCCGGUUAAUUCGCUGAGCUCAAGGCAACACAACCAAAGUGACAGUGCCAUCUGGCAAAAGGAAUUUCGACAGAUUUUCAAGCGGUAUGAAAACCAAGUUAGCAAAUCCUUCCGGAGGAAGGCCCGUGUUCCUCCGCCCGGUUACCGUUUUCGAAGCCAUUCCCCACCACAAAUUACUCAACCCUCUAUCACUGUGGACGGCGACCGCAAAGCCCCGUCGGGCAGGCUCAGCCGUCGGCAGUCCAACCUGGAUUUCGGACCGCCGCUGAAACGAUUGCCGAGCGUCAACAGCAUCGAUACCUCUUCCGUUUCGUCGCGAAAAGCGACCGCGCCAAGCAGCGCUGUCAAGGGAGGCAGGCGAGACCCAGAUUCGAGUUCUUCGUCGGUCGACUCCGCCGGAGCCGCCAAGAUGGUCAUGAACGCGUUUCGCAGGAGGAAAUCGACCGCGUUCAGCUCGUCCUCCUCGAUUGUGAAAACUUCUGAAGACGAGACGGAGUCUAAAGUGGGUAAUUCGGGCAGUGACAGGUCAGCCGCGACUGGUCGGGUGAGAAAAACGUCGAUCACCGGUACUCGUGGGGGCGGUGCAAUUGCAGUGGAAAAUGGUGACAAAAAUAUUACCACCUAGCUUAUGACUGAAAGCUAUAGAAUAUCACCAAUGUAAUCUGGAAAUAAAUCUCAUUUCAAAGGGGCUUCGUCAUCCUGAAGGCCUGCUCAAGCUGCAGAAGAAUGCAAUUACGACGCCAAUUUGACGUCACGAAAGGUUUACAGCGAAAAUCGCUCGUUGAAAUGUGUUCCACUUUUACGAAUUAGCAGCCCAGCGCGAAUAAAAUAUUUGAUCUGAUGUCCGAAGUUUUGUUUGCUGUUGCGCCAAUUA